CUGUUGAACUAUUUGUGUACUGCAGACUUUUUGUGGUUACGUGAUUUUGGAAGCACUCAAAGAAACCGCAGAAAAAAUGUUGCGAAACGUUCGUUCCUGCAAUUCUCUUUUGGCUCGUUGCUACUCCCAGGGGGCUGGAGCUGCAAAACCAACUGGUAGCAGCGCAGCAGGCACAACCCCCAAUGUGACUGGUCUAAGCUCCAAUUGUGUGAAGCCCACAACCGGACCAGUUGGUUUUAUGGGCGCUUCAGCUGAUAAUCCACAUUACAAAGUUCCAGAAUAUUUCUCCUUCAAUCGUUUCUCCUACCACGAAGCAGAAGUUGAAAUGGCCAAAUAUCGUUGUCCUCAACCAUCCGCAUUGAAAAAGAACUAAACGCAGUUACAGUUUGUUAAAGCUUUAAAUAAAUUAAAAGAAAAAUAACACACAAUGUGAAAAAGAAAUAA